GGUGUUGAAGGCGUAACUGUCCUGUCAAACAGUAUGAAUUGUUCUAAGGUAUUUCAGUGCAGGUAGUAAAGAAUAGUAAGAGCUGAGUUGUUGGCAUUGUGUGUUUUGUACAGCAGCAACAGACUAAAAGGCAGUGGUUUGGUUUCGCGUCGAAUAAAGUUUGAGGUUCAAAAUCCAAGUUGGUCACCUUGGCAACGGCCGUUACCAGCACACAAACAGAGGCUCGGGAGUACGUUCAUUUUCUCCCUCACACGAAUUACAUUCAGACUGAUACAGCUAAAAAUACACGCUGAAAUGCGGAAUCAACGUUACUACGCGGGAACUAUGAAUACUAGAUCUAUUAUUUAGUAACAAUAAACAAUGGCUAAUAAAAGAAGUUCUCUGUUGGGGAGCUAGGCUAACGACCAGUAGAGAACCACCGCGAAUAUCUAGCUAGCUAGUUAGCUAAGCUAGCGUUAACGAUGUGGCACCUGCUGUACUUACUUUCAGGAAAAAAUGUUCUAAAUGUUUUAAAAAAAUAGUUAAACGCUAUCACACUGCGCUGAAAAUGCAGAGUUCAGAUGAAAGAGUUGUCCUGGCAAAAACAGCUGAUUUUCUCCGAAAAGCUGAACAUCUGAGAAAACUGGCUGAUAAACAUGGAAAAGAGAGAAAGUGGAGUAACUCCAGCAGAAAGAAUGACCUUAAAGAUUGUUUCUGCAGUUUGGAAGAGCUGGAAAACAAAUUUAACAGUGAACUCAAGACUGAGGUGAUAAGAGUGCAGCAGCAACUGCAAAAAAUCAGGAAUAGUGUCUACAGAUUCCAGGGACAGUUGACUGAUGUGAAGCCAUCUGCUGAUUUGAUAGAAAAAUUAAAAGACAUCAUGAGUGAAAUUGAAAACUCUAUCAACACAUUUAAAGAAGAACAGCAUCAAAGCUUUGAGGAGCUCUUAAAAGAGGAAAGGACUUGCUGGCAGGAGAUAUGGGCCUUUGAGAAGAAGAUUGAUGCUUGGUCAUUAACUGUGAAGAAUGAUGGUGAGUUCCACCGCACUCCCAAAGCCAGGUUGUGCAUGGACAAAAAAGGGAAGGAGGAGCUUCCUGCAGAGGUGACAGCCCUGGAAACAUUUCUGCAGCAAACUGGAGGAAAGCUGGGAGGUUGGGACCAAUAUGACCACCAGAGCUUCCUGAAAGUGUGGACCAAGCACCAUGGAAAACCCUCAUACAGGACAGAGGCUAAGUUUUACUUACCAAGUAAGACUGAGAAGGACAUAAGGCUGCAUGAGGACUGGUAUCUAGAGCUCUGCCAUCUCCAGGAAAAGAAGAAAGAGGCCAUUCAGAAAUGGAGAGCUGAAAGGCAGAGAGCAAAAGAAGCCCAUCUGCAGGAACAGGAGAGUGAGGCAGAAAGGAGAGAGCGUGAAGUGGUGGUUGCAGAGGCCCAGCGCCUCAAACAAGAGGAGGAGCGCAGGGAAGCGGCUGCCCGUCUGGAGGCCUGGAAGAGCCAGCGCAAGCAGCAGCAGGAGCAAGAAGAGGAACAGAGGCUCAGAGAGGAGAUCCUUCAAAGAAAACGACUGAAGGAGGAAAGGCGGAGGCAGCUGGAAGUCAAGUUGGCUGUAGAGGCUCACAUCAGGCAGAAGAAAGAAGAAGAGGAGCUGCGGCUUUUGCGGAAGGAAGAACAGGAGCGAGCCGAGAUGGAGGAGAGACAGAGAAUGGCUGCUGAAGGCAUCAGACAUUUUCAAGAGAGAGAUCUACACAAGUUAGAGACGAAAUUGCAGGAGAAACAGGCCAAAGAGGAGGAAGAGCUGGAACGGGUGAAGAUGCAGGCUAAACUAAAGGAGAAGGUUGAAAGCCACAUCACUCGAGACCCUUCAAGACUCUGGAAACCAACCAAAGGAUGGAAAGAACGCACCAAAGAGAUUGGGCCAACGGGGGGCGGUCCUGUAUAUCAGAUGUUCCAUAGGGCAGUACCAACAUGGAGACAGGGCCUUUAAACUCCUAAAGCUUCAGCCUUCACAGAAGAUCCAGAAAUGAAUAAACAUUCCAUUGUGUAAUGUACCAUAUUGGCAUAUGUUUGUAAUUUUCGUUUUUGUGAUUAACGCUGUAAUUAACCAACCACUCUCUUAGGGCUAGCAACAGCCAGCCUUUUUUCAAUUUUGUUUCCUAGGAAAGUCGCUUUUGCAAUUAAUAAGACAAAAUAAAGGUUUUUAAAGAUAAGUUGUGACAUUGUGUAUUUCAUCAUUUCGUUUAGUGAGAGUACUGUAAGAGAAAAUCUACUGCUGUUAUUGUUUUGGUAGAGAACAUACUUCAGUCUAUAGGUUGCUUGCAUAUUUUCCUUGUCAUGUAUGUUUCAGAUUGUUUUUAAGAAUGUCAAAAUGUGGUUA